UUCAGAUUUUACUGAUUCAGGCCCAUGUCAACCCAUUAGGUUUAAGUAACAAAGAAACACUAUAAUAAACUUGAACUCUUUCUUCCUCUUUCUCGAUCCUUCUUCCUCUUUCUCUUCUUCUUCUUCUUCUUCUUCUUCCCAACCGAUAGGUCACGGGCUUGUCAAUCUCAUAUAAAAUAAGCCAAGCUUAUCAUUUUCUUUCUUAGAUUCAUUUGACUAGAGAUUUCGGAACUCUAGGAGUCGUGUGUCCCCUUUGGCACCAAACCCAUUCUUUAACCACACCACCUGCUCGACGAAAUUACCAAGAGAACUUCAGUUUCAGUCUUUCUCUCUCUCUCUCUAAUAAUUGCUUCUGUCAAUGGAUUCGGAAGCAUCAUCGUUCAAGAAGCCGCUCGCGAAGGUGGAAAAAGAAACAUAUGGACAAGGACAAGGGCGAAGAUGCUGAAGGGAUCAUUACUAGUCUUGAGGAAUAUCGGAAGGGGGUGGAGGAGAUGCAGCUGGAGGUUACAAGAACGUUUGCGAACUUUGAGGCAAGGCUUGAGCCUAAGAUGAGUGGAUUAGCGCAGGCCGUUGAGAAAACUAAGAAGGAGACGUUGGAAGCCAUUAAAUCAAUGUUUGCCGAGUUUCAGGCUAGGCGUGACUCUGAGAUGCGUGAAUCAGCCGAGACCGCUCUCGGAUCUACGAAAGCUGGUCGGGAAAUUUAACUUGAGAGGGAUGUGAUAGAGUAAAGGAUCAAAUCAAGUUAUUGUUGGAAAUCAAAUCCUUCUCUUUUUUUUUUUUUGCCUUUUUGCUUAUUUGUUCAUUUGGCUAAUCCUUAGUAUGCUUUGGCAAAAAACAAAACAAAAAAACUCCCCCGUGAUAUAUGUUUCUUGAGUUUUGAUCCAUCGUUUGGCUUCACAAA